UCCCUAUUCGAGUUCUUUGACUCAGUGACUCGUCCAUUGUUUUGUACUUAUCGUUGCCGUGCCUACGAAGGUCCCCUCUCUCUAACUACUAUCGUUUUGAAGUCGUCGUCUUCAUAAUACACAAAAGCGAAGGACGGUUUCAAAGAAAAGAAAAGAGCUAAUAAAUGUCAAUGAUGGCGACGAACUCCUUCAAGAACCCGAUUCUUCCGAUUUCGGAUCCGCCAAUAGAUAAGGAAGAAGAAAAAGAAAGGCUUCUCAAAAGAGGAGAUGAUAGGCUUUUCAAAGGAUCCGCCAUGACCAAAAGAGGAGCCUACGCCGCCAUCUAUUAUAUGACAUGCGCUGUGCUUUUGAUACUCUUCAACAAAGCAGCUUUAUCUUCGUAUGGUUUCCCCUGUGCCAAUGUAAUUACACUCUUUCAGAUGACAAGUUCGUGUACUUUUCUCUAUGCACUGAGACGGUGGAAGAUUAUAUCUUUUGCAAACAAUGAAUCUUUAACCAUUUCUGAUAGCAAUACUAGUUUGGUUCCCAUUAAGACGUUGAUCCAUACCCUUCCUCUUGCAGGAUCCUAUUUGCUUUACAUGCUAGUCACAGUUGAGUCUGUACGAGGCGUGAAUGUUCCAAUGUACACUACACUUAGACGAACUACGGUUGUGUUUACAAUGAUUGUGGAGUUUCUUCUGGCAGGACAGAAGUAUUCAUCAUCUAUACUUGGAAGUGUUGGGUUGAUUGUUCUUGGUGCAUUUGUCGCGGGAGCUCGGGACUUGUCAUUUGACUUUUAUGGAUAUGCUGUUGUUUUCUUAGCCAACAUCGCUACUGCAAUAUAUCUUGCAACCAUAGCCCGCAUUGGGAAAUCUAGUGGGCUUAAUAGCUUUGGGCUUAUGUGGUGUAACGGCAUAAUUUGUGGACCAGUUUUGUUGUUGUGGACAUUUUUUCAUGGUGAUUUGAAGACUACAAUGAAUUUUCCUCACCUCUUUUCACCUGGUUUUUUGGCUGUAUUGAUUCUUUCAUGUACACUAGCUUUCUUCUUGAAUUACACGAUUUUCUUGAACACAACUCUCAAUUCAGCAGUCACGCAAACCAUCUGUGGCAAUCUGAAGGAUCUUUUUACCAUUGGACUUGGCUGGAUGCUUUUUGGUGGGCUUCCCUUCGAUAUUCUGAAUGUUAUCGGGCAAUUGAUGGGAUUUGUUGGUUCUGGUUUGUAUGCCUACUACAAGCUUGUAGGAAAAUAACCAACUUCAGGCUAACAAAUAACCAAUGUCUAAUUGGAGUUUACGGAUUGCUACUUUACCUUUGUCCGUUCAUGCGAUUAUCGAGCUGUUAGAGCCAAUGUAGGUGAUGAUUCUCUGCUCAUCUAGCCUUUCUCCGUCUUCCUUUUUCCCUCCGGCGGGGACACCGGGAGUACAAAGUUUGUUGGAAAAUUGUAAAAAUGCAGAGUUAGGAUAGUUUACAACUGAUCCUAUACUGUAUAUCUCUUUUAGGGACCAUUUUUGUCUCUUGUUCUUCUUGACAAAUUUUAUAGUUGGAUUUUCAAAGGUCUUCUUUUUCUCAAUAAAAUGUUCGAGUUCCCCAUUGCCUUAA